CACCAAAGUAUUGAGUAUUAUUUUAGUGUAAUAUACGUGGACGGUUUGAUAGACAAAUAACAGAAUUAAUUUAAGCUGAGAACCCUUUUUGAACCAAAAGAGCGUCCGUAAUAGUGUCAACUGUGUAUGCGCAGUUUAAUGCAGAGUGGCAAAAUGGCGGACGUGUCUUUGGAUGAAGUGAUACGACAACGCGGAAUAAACGUUAAGAUGCCAGUGAAACGAACCAUGUUUGGACGGGGUGCAGGAGGAGUUGGCAGGACUUUUGAUGCCCGUCAAAGGAUUGGCAUGACUGAUGCACGGCAACGACUUGGAGGAGGAGCGGGUUUCCCAUUGAAAGAUGCGAGAGAAAAGCUGAUUCAGAAAGAUGCUCGCUUUAAAAUCCGUGGCAGGGGUGGAGCGGCAUCAGGAGGGGGAGUCCAGGAUGCUCGUCAGAUGAUCAACUCCCGUAAACAGCAGCAGAAUGUGUUCACUGUGCCUAUACAGACCAUCCAAAAGACAGCAGUGACACACCAACUGCAGAGCCAUUCACUUGUGCCACAGAUAAAGAUCCAAGCUAACAACAACUUUGCAGGUGCGAACGCGAGGCUGUUUGCCCAAAACGUGCAAGGGCUGAGUGGGAGGGAUGGCACAAUCGGCCAUCUUAACAAGGGAAUGACAGACGCUCGUGAUAGGCUGAGCCUUAAGAGGAGCAUGAGUAGUGGGCUACAAAGCCAGGCAUCUACACUAUUGCCUCUAAAAAUUACCAAGACCAUCCAGCAACGCCCAGUUGGGGUACUUGGUGGGAUGCGUCUGCAUUCACAGCCUGUCUCGAAUGAUCAUGAUUGCCCUCCAAGUAAACAAAUAAAGAUCACUACUUCGAACAAUUUGCUACACUCACGGGAUGGUCUAGUGGGCUCCCCGUUUUCUAUGUCGGCCCCAAUAACCAAGGUCGUUAAAAAUGAUGCUUACUCAGCCCCUCGUCCCCCUGUCCCUGUUGCGCCCGCCCGGCCCACCACGAGCACAGCAGCGCCGCGGCCUCCCGCUGCAGCAUUGAAGUCCGUUUCUAGGACUCUGCAGCACAGCUCGGCUCAACACAGCCCAGCGACUCCUCCCCCGAAGCCUGUUACCAGCCCUUUGGAAGGAACAAAAAUAACAGUGAAUAACUUGCAUCCCCGUGUCACCGAGGAAGAUAUAGUGGAGCUGUUCUGCGUGUGCGGUGCCUUGAAGCGAGCGCGCCUGGUGAAGGUGGGCGUCGCUGAAGUGGUGUUUGUCCGCAAAGAGGAUGCCGUCAGCGCAUAUAGGAAGUACAACAACCGCUGCCUUGACGGUCAGCCCAUGAAGUGCAACAUUCACAUUCAAGGAAAUGUCAUCACUUCUGAUCAGCCCAUUCUCCUGCGGCUCAGCGACACCCCAAAUGCAGGAAGCGUGGCCAAGAAAGAUGGCCUUCCUCCAUCUUUGUCACGUUCUGCAAGCCAGCGAACUUCCCAGCCGACCCCUGAGGUGGACCCCCAGACGAUCCUGAAGGCUCUCUUUAAGUCCACCGUGCAGUCCUCCUCAACCACCGAGCCCCCGAGCUCACAGGCCACUGCCUUCCGCAUCAAAAUAUAGCUCGUCGCUCGUACCUGUUGUUGAACAUACCGAUGCGUCCUCAUUGAUUUUCUUCCGGACAGCGGCCACACCACACGUAGAAAAGUGAUUUGUACACAUUCAGCAUUCAUAACUACUCGGUUAUAUGCAGCGUCCCGUUUUUGAUUGGUCUGCUGGAUGUCCGACGUACUCCCAGGAUUGACCAGUUGAAGCAAAUGACAUUGCCCCCAGAGCCAAUCAAUUUGGUUAUUGCUUGUAAUACUACAAAUGUUUAAUCCUCACAUACAGUUGUGUUUGAUUUAUGAUCAUACUAUUGUUGUUGAGCUGUGUCUGUGUGCUCAGUUCAUAGGGAUACUUCAGAAAAUACACAUCUGACCUAUUUUAUUACGUAAGAUAGAUCGCCUUCCUGACUGUAUUCCUGAUCAGGGGACUUUUAGACAGGUAAAUAAAAUAACCAGAGAGAUGGUCCAAGA